AUGCAGUUGGAGACAAUAUUUCAUAUGCAGGAAAUGACAAAUACAGAAUACUUAGAUGACCAAGAUGCUGAAGAACCAGAUGACUUCGUCAUUUCUCUCACUGCACAGAUAACUCGAAGAGAUGAGGAAAUGGCCCCUUUUAUUUCAAAUGCAAAGCGGAAUUACAUAUUUGGUGGAAUUUGUGGGGUUGCAGCAAAUGUGUCUGUUAAGGUGCUUUGGCAGCUAAAGUCUAUCAAUCUUUUUGGUGUUCAGCAAAUAUGUCGAAACUCUAUUGCAUUGGAACAGUGUGUUUCACGUACUGCCGAGAUGUUGGAUGAUGCCUUGGGUCUGAUGGGAUUGAAAGAUCAUGAAGGAAACAGAUUCUUACAUCCACCGUGUGCUGAAUACAUUUGUGCAAGAAAAUGUGCUGCUCCUUAUGUUAUACAAAACUUAACCUCUGUACCACUUCUAUAUCAUGUAUAUAAUGGGCAUAUCAAUCCUAAUGAUAUCUAUGACCCAGAUUUGAGUCAUGCAAAAUAUGUGCAACCAGGUUCUGCAAGUACAAUAUACAUGGAUGAAAAUGAUGAGCAACAGCAUUACAGUCCUUAUCUUUCUUCUGAACGUCUAAAUGAGCAAAGGCCAAGUGGCUUAGCUCAUCGUUAUAUUACGGUACAGCUUGAAGGAACAUAUAUGUUGUCUGAUCCAAUUUCAAUGGAUUUAGUUGGAUUAACGUGUUUUAAUGCUAAUUUCUCCAAGUCAUAUAAUGAAAAUGAUGAUGAUGGUAGAAUGAAUACUGCCCCGACUUUUGUUGUUCCUGUUGUUUUAGAUGUUUCUGCGUUACGCUAUAGCAAGUCGAUACGAAUAUACUCAACUGUUGUUCUUCUGAAUGCAACUUCUGCACCACUUGAGCUGCGGUUUGAUAUUCCUUUUGGUGUGUCACCAAUGAUAUUUGAUCCUAUACACCCUGGGCAACAGUGA